AUGCCGCUCACCGUCCUCUCAGACGACCAGGUCAAUGCUGUAUUCGAGGGCCUCACACCGGAUGAGCUAGAUGAGUUUCGAAGUGUUCUUUCUGAGGCCCUUCAUGAGUUCUCUACCAACGUCAGGGGUCCGGAGGACGGCUUCCAGCAACCGCAUGGAGUCUCAACACUCCACCCAGAAACCCAAGUCAAGACGUCGUAUAUGUCAUCGUGUGGCCCCUGUGGGAUGGGCUGCAAAGUGGUAUCGCGCUUGAAUCCCGACGCCGUAAAGGACCAACAACUUAAGCACAUUCACCCCAACGGUGUGCUAACCCUGUUCAAACCAGACGGAUCACCCUUGGGUAUCGUCCAUCCCAGCGCCCUAACAGCGUUCCGUACCGCACUGGCGUCGGCCUGUCUCCUCAACCGACGGAACCAUGUUAAGACCAUCACCGUCUUUGGGAGCGGCAUGCAGGCAUACUGGCAUGUCCGACUCGCCCUGAUGAUGCGCGGCAGCACCAUCAAACACGUCAAUGUCAUCAACCGUAGCUUCUCUAGCAAUGCCACUGGACUGCUCAAGAAGUUCGGCCGCAUCCCUCAAGCUAUCAAGCAACGCGAGGGCUGGACAGAGGCCCAAUUCGGGCUCCUGACGCCGUCAUUCCACGAAUACAGCCGCCUGAUCAAGGACCAGAUCCGCGACGCGGACGUGAUUUACUGCUGCACCCCGUCACAGGAGGCUCUCUUUGACGGUUCUAUCCUGACGUCUCACGAGGGGCGGAAGAAGGGCCGUCUAAUUAUUGCGGUGGGGAGCCACACGCCUAACAUGAGGGAGCUGCCGGAUGAUCUGAUCCAGAUGGCCGUGAAGCACCACGAUCGGCCACACCGACACUUCCAUAAGCACGCCAGGGACGGCGGUGUUAUUAUAGUGGACAAUCUCGAGGGUGUACUUAAAGAGGCCGGUGAGAUCAUCAUGGGCAAAGUUGACCCCCAUCAACUAGUCGAACUCGGAGAGCUCGUCAUGCUCCACCGCCUAGCUCUGGAGGAAUCUGACGCCGAAGUUGCGAGCAGCCAGGCAUCCAUCUCUUCUGACCUGGAUAAGUUGGUCGUCAACGACAAAGUCCCGUCCAUGACCGCUGUGUUCAACAAUACUCCCGGCUCGCCUCGGUCUAGCAGCCCUAGUGGAUCAACUGGCUCGGAUUCUCGAAAGAGCUCCUCCAUGUUUCACUUCCGCAAGAACUCCGGUAGCUCGUCGGAUGCAGAGAGGAAGAAGAAAGAAGAUGGCCUCUCGCUCUGGCUGAGGGAUGGAACUGUCGUCUACAAGAGUGUGGGACUCGGCCUGAUGGAUCUGGUAGUGGGGGUACACCUGAUCCAGAUUGCCAACGAGAAGAAGAUUGGUACAUGCGUGGAAGGAUUCUAA